AUGACAUCCUCACUUAAGAUAACCUCUCUGUCAUUCGAGCAGAACUCGACAGGAUUGGGAAUUGGAACAUCCAGCCCUCGCAUCUCAUGGAGGUUCACGACAGACACGAACCAGCAAAAUUGGGAGCAAACAGCAUACGACAUUGAGAUAGUGCGCCAAAACGAUUUUGAGACAGAGAAAUAUCACGUCCAAAGCACCGAUUCAGUUCUCGUACCAUGGCCAAGUCGACCUCUGGAGUCUCGCGGGACAGCCCAAGUCCGCGUUCGUGCAUACGGCGGAACGGACUCGGUGCCUACCGAAUGGACAGACUGGAGUACAGUUGAAUGCGGCCUCUUGAGCAAGCAAGACUGGAAGGCACACGCCAUAACUGGCAGUGCAAAGCAGCCCGAAGGUCCUUUGCGACCUAUCCGUUUUCGCAAGACCUUCACUCUCCCUGUUACCUCCGUGUCACGGGCUCGUCUCUAUAUCACCAGCCUGGGAGUGUUUCAAGCAUACAUCAAUGGUGUAACAGUGGGAGAUCAUCUCAUGGCUCCUGGCUGGACGAGCUACCACCAUCGACUCAACUACGAGAUAUUUGACGUCUCGUCUUUUUUGCGCCUCGGGGAGUCAAAUACCAUCGCAGUCGAAGUUGCUGAAGGAUGGUAUGCGACCCGUCUUGGAUUUCAUGGAGGUCGUCGAUUUAUUUAUGGCGAUGAGUUGGCUUUGAUCGCUCAGUUGGAGAUCCAACUUACAGACGGCGAUGAGCGCACCAUCCUAUCAGAUUCAACUUGGAAAUGCCAUCAAUCUGCAAUCAUCAGCAGUGAAAUCUAUGAUGGAGAGGUCUACAGCGCGCUGGAAGAACAGACCGGAUGGAAUAGCCACACGCUCAAAUCAGAAUCGUCCUGGAACUCUGCGCGAGAGAUUGAAUUUCCCAAGGCAGAGCUCGUGGUCUCAAACGCCCCUCCAGUUAGAGUGACACAGACGAUCAAACCAAUCGACAUCAUCACCACCCCAUCUAACAAGAAGAUUAUGGAUUUUGGUCAGAAUCUGGUUGGGCGUGUCCGUAUUCCCAGGCUGAAUAUUGGAAGUGGUGAUACAGUUGUUUUGACCCACGCGGAAGUUCUAGAAAACAAAGAACUAGGCACUCGUCCCCUUCGCGUGGCCAAAUGCACCGAUAAGGUGACAUCUGCGGGCGACGAGCUUGACUGGGCUCCUCGAUUCACAUUUCAUGGAUUCCGCUAUGUGCAAAUUGACAAUUGGACUCCUGAUCUGGAAAAUAUCGUUGCAGAGGUCAUACACACCGAUCUCACUCGCACAGGCUGGUUCAACUGCUCCCACGGAAUGAUAAACCAGCUCCAUGAAAACGCUACAUGGUCUAUGCGAGGCAACUUUUUGUCAAUCCCAACUGACUGCCCCCAAAGAGAUGAGCGUCUUGGCUGGACUGGAGACAUUCAAGUUUUCGCACCUUCUGCCAGCUUCUUGUACAAUACAUCUGGUAUGCUGGGCGACUGGCUCAAAGAUCUCUCUUCAGAGCAACUUGGGAAUGAUAAUGCAAUUCCUCCUCUUGUCAUUCCCAAUGUGAUUUCUGAGGACUUUUGGCCCACUUUCCCUCAGGCUAUAUGGGACGAUGUCACGAUUCUCCUUCCCUGGACUCUGUACCAGAGCUACGGCGAUAUCGACAUCCUUCGAAAACAAUACCCCAGCAUGACGGGAUGGUUGGACCGAGGAGUUCAGCGCGGGCCUGAUCGUCUUUGGGAUGAUAGUCUUUUCCAGCUUGGAGAUUGGCUUGAUCCCACCGCACCGCCAGACCAGCCUGGCAAUGCCCGGACUGACGGGACACUCGUUGCGGACGCAUAUCUUGUACAUGCCACGGGCAUACUGGGACAGAUCAGUACCAUUCUGGGAGAACCCACGGAUGAAACUCGGUACAAAUCCGAGUAUCAGAAGUUGAAACUUCGCUUUCGAAAUAAAUAUGUUUCCGCUGAAGGUUGGCUUGUUGGGGACACACAAACUGCACUUGCUCUUGUUUUGGUCUUUGAUCUUCUCGAUGAUGCAGACCAGAUAGCAGCGGCGGGUGCACGUCUAGCACGAUCAGUGCGGAAAUCAAAGUUCCAGGUCUCGACUGGCUUCGCGGGGACACCACUCAUAACGCAUGCUUUGACACGAUCGGGCUAUCCACAGUUGGCAUAUCGCAUGUUGCAGGAGAAAAACUGCCCUUCGUGGAUGUAUCCAAUCACAAUGGGUGCUACGACUAUCUGGGAGCGCUGGGAUAGCAUGCUUCCUGAUGGGUCGAUCAAUCCUGGAGAAAUGACUAGUUUCAACCAUUAUGCUUUGGGCUCAAUUAUCAACUGGCUUCAUAAGACUGUUGCUGGAGUGAGCCCAUUGGAGCCUGGGUGGCGGCAUAUCCUUAUACAGCCUGUGCCUGGGGGUACAGUCACUUCCGCAGAGGCCAUUUAUGAGACACCAUAUGGACGACUUGAGUGUAGGUGGGAAAUAAGGCAAAGUAGUGAGUUCCAUCUGGAGGUGAUCGUACCUCCAAAUUCGAAGGCCCGGGUAGUUUUACCGAGUCACUCCGGGGAAAAAUCUCAAUGGAUAGGAUCCGGAAGACAUGAAUUCAGCACGACAUUCGAUAGUCAGGUUGAUUGGCCCCCGAAGGCACUUUUGCCUCCUAUGUUUGAGGCUGAGGACAGCUUUGUUUGA